AUAAUGAUCUGAGAAAAAAUAAAAUUAUAUUUUUGCAUAAUUUUACCUCGUAGGCGUAUAAAAUCAUCGUAUGCUUCUCUCUUUUGAGAAUAAAGUACGAAUUUCGUCAAACCACGUAAUUUUUAAACUAUUUACACAAUGGAGUUUGAAGAUCAUUUUAUUCGAUUAUUAUUCGAAUUUUCAUUUUUUUACAUAUUUAAUUCGGGGUCUCGACUUGACAAUUAUGCUGUCACCACUAUUUUAUCUGUGAUCAACAUUAUAUUGUUCAUCAAAAGUGAAUAUCUCUUCACUGAAUUCGAUAGUAUUUUAAUGGUACAAGUUUUCUUGCUGUUCUCGGUGACUAUUUCAUUACUGUGGAUUACCGAAAUAUUGAGACGGAUAAAGGAUAUACUUUUUAAUUCUAAGAAGUCUGGUCAUUGUCAUCGUUUAUUUAAUAUAGUUCUGAUCAUUUUUCAAGUUUCUAUCUUUCACGUUACAUUAUACCAGACUUUUAAAGGUUUUUCCAAACUUUCCAAAUGAAGAAUGCAACCGGAAAAUUGAUUGUUAGACGGGAACGUACAGUUGUAACCCUCUUUUAGAAAGAAAGAAUGUUGUCACAAUUUACGAUUCGAAAUAGUUGUGGAGAAUUUUUAGACGAAUUCUUCUUAAAAUGAAUGUUUGAAAUUUGACAAACGUUUUUGUUGUAGCGCGUUUUAUCAUUCUUGUAAGUACAGUACAUAGCUCCAAUGUAGCAUAGGAGCUUUUUAUAAAUGUAUCUAAUGAAAUUUUAAGACAAAUGUUUUAUAGCACUUAUUUUAAAAUUAUUUGGUGGCUUAUGUGUCUGUAUUCAUUGUAAGUAUAAUAGUUUCUCACAGAACGUUUGUACUGUCAAAUUAUCUCGACACUAAAUAAAACUGGCAUAUUACACAUCUCAUGCAGUGUAUAUGAAAUUUAAGAUCGAUUAUAAAAAGUUCUAACGAAACGAAACUGUUCAUUAACCACUAUAUACUAUAGUAUAUAAUAAUACUACCGUUCACUUUUAGAAUUUAUUUCAAAUUUUCUAAUUAGGGUAAAUUCUCUGGCUUCACAUAUGUGAGUGGAGAGUCUGCACCUGGAAUGUAUGACCCAUUUACAUCAUACAUUCAAAAAAUACUCUUGAUACAUUAAUUAAUAAUAAAUAAAUUCUAACAUUUACUAAUUUCUUUUGUAUAUGUAAAUGCAGUUUAACACAUUUGAG